UUCAAUUACGAAAAACGAAAAACUAAAAAAAUGCACAUAUAGAAAAUUUUAAAAACUACAGGUGCAAUUUUUUCAAAUAUUUUUUUUUUUAUAAUUUAUUGUUUAAAAAAAAGUCCAAAAACUAUUAGACGUCGGCUAACUUCAGUAUCAUUUUUCUAGGGGGUACCAAAUUUUGCCCGGAAAAAAUGAAAAUUUUGUUCUUUGCAGCUUAAAUUUUUUCUAUUUACUUUGAAUAUCAUUAAAAAAAAUUUCAACGUAUUUGAAUUCCCAAAACUUAACAUUUCUUCAAAUACUCCGUUUUGCCCCCUUUAUAAAAGGAAUAUGAUGAGUUAAAAUAGAAGGCGCUUGGAACACACGUAUAGUUAGUAGAGAAUUGACCAAACUUGUUGGCCUAAAAUAAUAAAGGAAUGCAUUGGAUCUCCUGCUGCUACUCUUAAAUGCCGAGUAAAAAAAGAAAGCAUGGGAAGGAAAGAGAGAGAGGGAACAAGAGAUGAAGAAGGAGAAACUAAAAGCUAUAAAAAUUAAUUAGACGCGGGUCGGGCCUUCCAAUUUUUAUUUAUUUUUUUUCAUAUCUACGUUUAUAAUCAACUGCUCUGUCAUCAUCAAUGUCCCAAGUGCGGUUGAUAUCUUCUUUUUUAUUUUAUUUCAUUUUAAAUGAAACCAUCGUGUUAUUAUUUUUUAAGAAAACGCGUAGCAGUGAGGAAGAAAAUUUUCUUAUAAAACUCAAAACAUUUGAGGUAGAAUAGUGCCAGGUAAUUUUUUUUUUAACACUUGGCCCAUGUCGAGAGAUCAAAAGAUAUAUUUUUCAAUGAUAUUCUACGACAAAUAUCUUGUCUAUUGAUAUUUAAUACCGGGAUACUUGACUGUCGGCUUUUACACAGUGUCCGGUCCGACAAAUUUAAGCAUUACAAUGGAAUUGGAAUUGAGUAGAAUAUUGAGAAGAAGUAAACAAUUCAAUAGAAUUUUUCUUCUUUAUGAAACGCAUUUUAUUAUUUUUUUUUCAUCUUGAAAAGUGUAAGAGGCUCGCGUUCUAUUCGUACAUGUAUACAUAUAUAUAUAAGAAUGAAGAAGCACAGGUUUUUUAAGAGGGUGUCGUAGUAACUUAGUAUCAUGCAGCGAGAGAAGAGUCUUGUAUUGAGGGUUGAACAAUUGAGUAUACGAAGAAGGACUUGAGUUUCAUUUCUUCUCACUCUCACUUCUUACAGAAGACUGUUAUGUUUUUUCUAUCCUUAUAAAAAAUAAUGUUCUCGCUCUUACGAUGUAACCCUGGAGUCAUAACCAGAGUGAAUACAAUAGACCGCACGCCAUUUUCACCACAUCUAUUCUUCCUUCCUGCUAUUAAUUCCUACCACUCAUGGAUUUGGUAGAGAAAAAAUAAAACGAAGGGGUGAAAGGAAUAACGGUAGCAAAACUGCCUGCCCGCAAAAGUUUACUUCUGCUCUUACUCUCUUUCGUAAAACUUUUUUUUCCCCUUCCUCUUUUUCUUUCAUUUACUUUUUAUCAUAAUUUUAUUUUUAUUCUUUUAGUUUUACGUCUUUGGUGUCUUUCUUCUGGUUUAAAUCUCUUAUAUAUAUCUUUCAUUGAAGCUUUGACUAUUAACGAAUAAAGUAAAGAGAACUAAACCGUGAAAAGAGGAAAAAUUUUUUAGCCAACUUGGCCCCAUGGGAAGUAAUCAAUUACUCUCAGGCAAUGAGAAUAAGCCAAAGAAGACUAAUAUCUCAUCAAAAGCAGAUAUGUUAGGGUGAAUAAGAGUAAGAGAGCCAGAGAAUAAAAGCCAUAGAGCAAGAGAACCCAUCGUUGAAUCCUGUGUAUCCAUACAUAUAUAUGUCGAGCGAUUCAUCCUUUCUGGUAAUAAAUCUCAACGUAUUCUCGAGAGACUCGGUGACAGAUCAUAGACUGAUGUAUGAUCUACAAAGCAAGGGCGAGUAAUUAAUGAAGCUAUUUAUCAAAAAAAUUUCAUACUAUUUUUAUUUAUUUCGUUUAAAUUUUUUUCAGACUUUUAAAUCACACAUGUCAAAGUGCGAUGAUGCAUCCGUAUAGUAUAUUAAUAAAUAUAAAUAUUAUAUAUAUUUGUAUAAAAGAGUCAUAUUACAUAGAUAUGUGUCGCUUGUAGAAAUGUAACGCAAUGAAUGAACGGAAGAGAAAUGAUGAGAGAAAAAGUAAAAGAGGGGAAUUAGAUCCGGGGUGAGAAUAUGGAGAAUUGGAUUUGGCAGACGUGGCUCAUGAGAGAUACAUUGAUGACAAAGGUGGGGGAGAAGAAAGCGGAGCCGUCGAAUGUUCCUCGAGGUCCAGGAGAGGGUGGUGGUAUAGUAGGUGAACUGGACAGCUACCAGGACGACGAGUAUUUAAGGGAGGCUCAACGCCGACGCGCGCCAGUUAUACUAGUUUUUGUCAAGCCGCGAGUUAUUCCUUGGGAUUUAAAACAUAUCGCGUCUGCCACGUGCCGCUACCGCCGAUUUGAAUGAGUAAAAUUUUUUUAAACAUGAAAAGUUAAAUUUGAAUGACGUGAAUAAGAAAGCGGCUUUUAAAAUGCUCAUGAUAUUUUCAUUGAGUUUUCAGUCAAACUGACAGUUCAGUACAAUAAAGUCAUGGGUGUAUUGAAAGAUUAAUGACAUUGGGUUUUAAAAUGAUUUUUCUUCACCAUCAGUGAUCAAUCUACUCUGACGUGUUUACUCAUAAUAUUGUUAUUUAUAGUACUAUAAAUUUAUUUCAUGUUUACAUACAUCAUCAUAAAUUUUAUAAAGAUUGUACGAUGUGCUGGAGGAUCUUGAUACUGUUUCUAUUCAAACCAAUAGUGCGUGAUGAAAAAAAAUUAAUAAAACUUAUGGUUUUUUCAUUAUAUCUCCUGUUGCUGCAGUUAGUCAGUGCGUUUGAUCAUCAAGGAUCCAUUAAUUCGAUAAUAAAUUCAACGGACUCCCAGGGUAAUUUUGUAAUAACACGGAUUUUAACAGACGGUCAAAUACAAAGAACUGUGAGGUGGAAUGGAAUUUGCGCGAAGGAGACAAUAGUUGAUUGGGGAGAUAUAAAUGUUGCGUUGAGAGAGAUUGAGGUAAACGGGAAGAAGCUACAGUUGAUUUACGAGGGAGAUAGUUUAACUGACUGCGUAGACGAGAGAUCGAUUGACAAGGAUAUUUGUUAUGAUGAUGAUAAUAUCAGGACGGAUGACAUUGAAGAGAAAUUUAAAGUUAUCGAGGAAACUGUACCGCCACGUGAAAUCGAGUGGAUCAAAUCAUACGAUGAUCUUCAUCGUCGUUGUCAUCUCGUCAAAUCUCAAGCAAGAAGUCAAGUUCUACGACAGCAUAUUAAACACAGGAUAGUAGAGAGAAGUCUUCAACAAAUGGUAAUAGCACCAGGAACAAAAUGGUGUGGCCCACAUCGAACAGCUUCUUCUUACAAAGAUCUUGGCGGCUUGGACAGUGUCGACAGAUGCUGCAGACGUCAUGAUCACUGUUACCGAGCUAUUCCACCUUUUUCUGAACGUUAUAAUUUCUGGAACUACAUGCCGUUUACACUGAGUCACUGCGGAUGUGAUCAGAGGCACGGUGGGAAUUUUACCAAGACACUAAGAUUAAGACGACAUGGACGUCAAAGACGUAGAAAUAGACGUGAACUUUUUCUGAUGCCCGGUACUCAAUGGUGUGGACGAGGAAAUCGUGCCACUAAAUAUACAAAUCUUGGUGGUUUUGGUAAAGCUGAUUCUUGUUGCCGAAGACACGAUACUGCUUGUCCGUUUUAUAUUCCUGCUUUUGAAACACGCUAUGGCCUCUUCAAUUGGGGCAUUUCUACGCUCAUGCAUUGCACUUGCGACGAGCGCUUUCGAACGUGUUUGAAAAUGGCGCGAACAUCAUCUGCGAAUUUUAUUGGAAGAAUAUUUUUUAAUGUCGUGCAAACAAAAUGUUUUGUUUUAAAACCUCAGAAAGUUUGUAAAAAAUCAUCAUGGUGGGGAAAAUGUGAAAAAUAUGAGUACCGAAAGCAAGCACAUUUACGUAAUAAUAUAUCGUAUUAAUAAUUUUUUUUUAUUUUAUAUAUAAAAUAAAAAAAAUAAUUAAUUUUAAAAUUAUUCGAAAAUUGUAAAAAUUGAGAAUUUCUUUAUUUAAAUUUUUUUAAUAGUAAGUAAGAUCUCAGGGAUGUUGUACAUCUUUGCACGCACAAUUAAGGAGGCUGAUUAUCCGGUUCCAUAUAUAUGACAAUACGUAUUGAUUUCAUUAUUUAUACUAGUGUAAUAACUAUGAAAUAUGAAUAAUUAUAUUGUUCAUCAAUAGAGACAUAUCGUCUUCUUUAGGAGACUCAGUAGUUUAUAUAUAAAUGUUUUAAAUUUUUAAAAUCAGAUAAAAGAAUUAUUAGCGUACAAAAAAUGAAAUAUUUUGUAGUGUAUUUAUCAUGAUAAAUAUUUUAUAGAUGUGUAUAUAAAUACUAACAAAAACUUUAGUCUUUUCAAUUAUUUAUUUUUUUUUUUU